GGAUCAUGGAAACACAGCAUCAGGCUUGCUGCAGGAUCACUACCUUGAUUCAUCCUGGAGAACUGACAACGGCCUUCCCUGGACAUUGGACAGCAGCAUUAGUGAAGAGAACAGAGCUGUCAUUGAGAAGAUGUUGCUGGAAGAAGAAUACUAUUUAUCUAAUAAAUCUCUUCCUGAAAAAAUAUGGCUCAGCCAGAAGGAAGUGGAGAAAAGAUCUCAGAAAAGCCCACAUAAGAAAACUGGAAAAGUCAUGGUGCGAUCACCUGCAAAACCACCUGGCUGCUCCUUGAAGUGGACAGUGGAGGAGAAAGAGCUGUUUGAACAAGGACUGGUGAAAUUUGGCCGUCGAUGGACAAAGAUUGCCAAGUUGAUUGGGAGUCGAACUGUUCUCCAAGUGAAGAGCUAUGCUCGGCAGUAUUUUAAGAACAAGGCAAAAAAUGGUGAUUCUGAAAAGGAAGAGCCAAGACAGCAUGGGAGCAGUCUUCCCACUGAGGAUGGGAUAAGGGCAGGAGCUGGAAUCUUGAGAGGCCUUGCAGACCCCAAUCUGAAUGCAGUGAAAAUUGAAAAACUCUCAGAUGAUGAAGAAGUAGACAUAACUGAUGACAUGGAUGAAAUACUUCCUCCUACCCUCCAGCAGGAAACUGGGAAAUCUGAUGUACCUGCUUUUCCAAAAAGCCCAGUUGAAGAAACAAAAGGAACGGAACAUGGUUUUCCCUCUGCUGCUCACAGUUCUGCAGUUGUUUUACCUAAAGAAGGUCCUCAACACACCAAGCAAGAUACAGUGGAUACAUUAGUGUUUCCUGCUCUGGUAGCAACAUGUUCUCAGCACCUGAAUGGUGAUAAAUGUGUGAAUUUAGCUUACCAGCAGUACAGUAAUUGCAUUGAGAAAGCUGAGCAAGGCACACUGGUAACACCUUGUGGUACUGGGCAAGUAGCUGGCCAGGAGCUCAGGGAGCAGCCAAGAGACCUGGCUGGGAAUGGAUUGCUCUUUCCUUCUCCCUGCCAAGCAGAUGAGGAUCACCAAGAGGAAGCAGAGGAGCUGAAGCCACCUGAGCAGGAAGUGGAGGUUGACAGGAGUGUCAUUCUGGACGAGGAGAAGCAGGCUAUUCCCGAGUUCUUCGAAGGGCGCCAGGCCAAGACUCCAGAGCGGUACCUGAAAAUCAGGAAUUACAUUUUGGAUCAGUGGGAGAGAUGUAAACCCAAAUACCUGAACAAGACCUCAGUGCGGCCAGGCCUGAAGAACUGCGGUGACGUCAACUGCAUCGGUCGGAUCCAUACGUACCUGGAAUUAAUAGGAGCAAUUAACUUUGGCUGUGACCAGGCCGUGUACAACCGUCCCCAGGCUGCUGACAGAACACGCUCCAGGGAGGGCAGGGACACGGUGGAAGCUUAUCAGCUCGCGCAGCGCCUGCAGUCCAUGCGUACGAGGAGACGGCGAGUGCGAGACCCGUGGGGAAACUGGUGUGAUGCAAAGGAUUUGGAAGGACAAACAUUUGAGCAUCUCUCAGCUGAGGAAUUGGCAAGAAGGAGAGAGGAAGAAAAACUGAAACCUGCCAAGUCUUCUAAAGGUUCGAGACAAAUAAAAAGUUCCUUUGAUCCCUUUCAGCUGAUACCUUGCUGUGUGUUCACAGAGGAAAAGCAGGAACCUUUCCAGGUCAAAGUGUCUUCUGAAGCACUUUUAAUAAUGGAUUUGCACUCUCACGUUUCUCUGGCAGAAGUGAUAGGGCUGCUGGGGGGAAGGUACUCUGAAGCUGAUAAAGUUGUGGAAGUGUGUGCAGCAGAGCCCUGCAACAGCCUGAGCACAGGCCUGCAGUGUGAGAUGGAUCCAGUGUCCCAGACCCAGGCUUCGGAAGCACUGGCAGCCAGGGGAUUCCGGGUCAUUGGAUGGUACCAUUCCCACCCGGCAUUCGACCCCAACCCCUCCAUACGAGACAUUGACACUCAGGCUAAGUACCAGAGCUAUUUCUCCAGGGGUGGUGCCCUGUUCAUUGGAAUGAUCGUAAGCCCUUACAACCGGAAUAAUCCUCUUCCAUAUUCCCAGAUCACCUGUCUGGUAAUCAGCGAUGAGAUCAGUGUUGAUGGCUCCUACCGUCUGCCCUACAAAUUUGAGGUGCAGCAGAUGUUGGAGGAGCCUCAGUGGGAACUAGUAUUUGAAAAAACAAGGUGGAUCAUUGAAAAAUAUAGAUCCUGCCACAGCAGUGUCCCCAUGGAUAAAAUUUUUCACAGAGAUUCAGACCUGACUUGUUUGCAGAAACUUUUGGAGUGCAUGAGAAAGACUUUGGACAAGGUCACGAAUUGCUUCAUUGCUGAGGAGUUCUUGACUCAGAUAGAGAACUUGUUCCUUUCCACGUACAAGAGUGAGAAGAAGGAGAAUGCCAGCGGAAGUGAGAAGGAAUCCUCACAGGAAUUACCGGUGUGA